AUGUAUUGGGAGCGAAUUCGACGCCAGCGCCGGGACUUUUUCCAUGAAUGCCCCAGCUUUGCGCUCCGUAGAGGUUCAGCUUCACAAGGCAAAAAAGAACAACUUCUCCCUCCCCUGGGACAGAUCACUGACCUCAAGCUCUUCUCCAAAUCUUCCAUCUCGUGGGCCACCCACAUCCUCCCAUUAUGCCGCAAUCUCUGGCGUCUGGAACUCUGGAAUCACUUAGUUGAUUUCACCGGCCCCACUCCCACCCCGACAGUCGUCAACGGAGUCGAAUCAUUGGUCAUAGCCGCCAUGGCUUCUCCUAAUGUCAUUCCCUUCUUCCACUUUCCAGACGUCGUCUCCUUAACAAUCAAAGGCGCGGGUCACACAAUAUCACCAGGAAGAGAGCUUAUAUCAUUCCUAUCUCUACCUCGCACACUGCAGCUUCAACACCUAAUAUUUGACGAAACCUGUAUAACGGACAACUUUGUCCUUGAGAUAUUAGGCCACCCCAGGCCUAGCUUCCUUCGCCAUCUUACCCUGACCAGUCCCAGCCACUCCAACCUCGUUCCCCACCUGAAAACCCUGAAGAUCAGAGUUUCAGUCCCAGCUCAGGAUUUGAUCGACAUGCUCAAGUCUUGUCUCCAAAGCUCCGCGCACUGUCUCGACAGCGUCACCCUUGAAGGUGGUCCGCGUCUUGCUGCCCUCGAUGACGAGCUAUCGGAGAUGGCAAAGGACUUCUAUGAGUUUCGUACGCUCGAUAAAGUUGGGUGCAAGUCCUCCGUCGGGUUCUCCUUGUCGAAAAAGGUAUCGAGGGAUGAUAUGACCAAUUAA